AUGGUGCAAUGUCAUUCAUGCAACAAAUAUUUCCACACUUUAUGUGUACGAAAAACCCAACCCUAUUCCGAUGACCAAGAAUGGAGUUGUUCCGAAUGUACAUCUCCCCCACAACAAUCACUACCUGCGAUAUCUUCGACGACAACGAAAAAACUACCACGAGGUGUUAAAAUUGGACACGUUAACACCAGAGAUUUUCUUUCAAAAACGAAAAAAGACGACGUACAACAACUAAUUCUCAACAACAAUUUUCACAUCUUCGGAGUUACGGAAACCUGGUUGACGAAAGAGAUUAAUAACGAAGAACUACAAUUACCUGGAUAUGAAAUGACACGUCAAGAUCGACCAGGAAUUAAGUCCCAUAAACAACGCGGAGGAGGAUUACUACUAUACACCAGAGAAGACUACGAGGUCACUUUGCUCCCUUCUCCAUUUCCUCCCCCAGUUGAAUCCAUAAAAGUCGUUCUUAAAAAACAACACCUACCUGACCUUAUCCUCAUCCUUAUUUAUCGUGUAACAACCACUCCUAAAUCCUUCCAUGUCCAAAUGGAAGACGAAAUUGCAAACAAUAGUCAGUCUGAGUUUUAUAUGAUAGGGGACUUUAAUAUUGACCAACUCAAAUCAGAAUCAAGUGAAUUUAAGUCUGCAAUUCGACGGCAAACUUGCAAACAACUCAUAACUCAGCCAACCAGAGUAACUACCGACAGCAAAUCAUUAAUAGACUUAAUUGUGACCAAUCGAGUUGACCUAAACAAAAACCGAGGAAUAAUACACGAUGUAAUUGCCGACCAUGAAAUCAUAUACACAAUACGGAAAACACAGAAACACAAAAGAUGCCCAAGAAAAGCAGUAACAAUAAGAUCAUUUAAAGACACAAACGAAGAAAAAUUGAACGACAUGGUCAAAACCGCUCCCUGGUGGAUAUUAGACUUUCAAUCAGAUAUGAAUUUAAAAUGUGAAUUAUUUAACAAACUCGUGACCCUAAUUUUGAAUAUACAUGCACCAUUUAAAACAUUUCGAGUGCGCGUGAAUAAAAAGCCCUGGAUGACUGUAGAAUACGAACAAAUUAAUAAAAAUGUAGAAAGAGCCAAAAAAGACGCACAUAAUUCUGGAUGCGAAGAUGACUUUAAAAAAUUUAAAGAAAUACGCAUCAAAGCAACCAGCCAAAAAUUUAAACUUAAAGCAUUAAAAAUUAAACAACAAGCAAGUGAGAGUGAUAAUUCUUCCAAAUUUUGCUGGAAAAUGCUCAAUACGGAGAUUGGUCGUAUUAAAACUUAUCGAAAGUUACGUGAUUUGUUCCACAAUGGAGAGUUUAUUAAAAAUGAACGACACAAACUCGACAUACUUUGCCAGCAUUUCGCCAAUCCUGAUCUACCUCAACCCCAGCAACCAAACACACCGCCACACCAUCCCGACACCCCAGAAGGCGAAUUACUAACAAAUAUUAGGAUCUCAGCGGAGGAAGUAAAAAGAGCCAUAAUAAAAAUCAAAGCAAAUAAGCCGAGCGGAUGUGACGGAAUUCCACCCAAAUUCCUUAGGAUCUCACCUGAGUCGAUCUCACUACCCCUUUCCAUGCUAUAUAAUGAAUUGAUGGAAGCAGAAAUGAUUCCUAGCGUAAUGAAGGAAACAAUUAUAUAUCCAUUAUACAAAAAGAAGGGUGCCAAAAACUGUGUAAAAAACUACCGACCAAUCUCAAUCUUACCUGCCACCUCUAAAAUAUUAGAAAAAAUCAUAUAUGACCGGAUACAUAUGUACACAGAUAAGUACGAUAAAUUAUGCAACGAACAACACGGAUACAGAUCAAAGAGAUCAACACUGUCAGCAACCCUGGUCCUGACUGAUGCCAUCCGUGAGGCUGGAGAACGACGACAAAUGACGGGAGUCGCCCUAAUUGAUUUUGAGAAGGCCUUUGAAUCCUUUGCGUAUCCAAUAUUACUAAACAAAUUACAACAACUUGGGAUAACAGGCAAGGUGUUCCAAUGGUUCAAAUCAUAUUUCGAAGAACGGACCAUUACAGUGCAGAGAGGAAAACACAAAUCGGCUCCAAUUCGACUCUUGCGAGGAACGCCAACUGGAUCGUCUCUAUCCGGACUGAUAUUCUCCUGUUAUAUUAACGACUUCCCAAAAAUAUUCAAACACUGCAAAUGCGUCCUAUAUGCAGAUGACGCCUGUCUCUACUACUCAGGAAACAACGUCCAAGAGAUCCAAGAUAAAUUAAAUGAAGACCUCAAUUUACUCUUAAUUUGGUGCCAUGAAAAUGGAAUGAAAAUAAACCUCCCGAAGACAAAGGCCAUGCUAUUCCGCCCAACCAAUAUCAAACCAAAUCAAAAUUUAUCCAUCAAGAUUGAUGAAUGUGACAUUGAGUUAAUUACUGUAUACCAGUCUGGGGAAACUUAA